UAAAUUUUGCUAUAUGUCUAGCUGCCAAAUACAUAAAACCUCGGGCUCAGCCUGCCCUAGGGUUUUAAGCAGGGAAGGGGGAGGCAAUCGACAGUUCAGAGUAAUGGCCUUUACCAGUAAAAUUGGGAGUCUCCUCAAGCAGGCGUUGUCAUCUAAACCUUCAAUCUAUCAGGCAGUGAGAUGCAUGUCAUCAUCGAAAGUCUUUGUUGGAGGACUCUCUUAUGGCACAGAUGAUCAAACUCUUAGGGAAGCAUUCUCUGGCUAUGGCGAAGUUAUUGAAGCUAGGGUUAUCCUUGAUCGGGAGACUGGGAGGUCAAGGGGUUUUGGAUUUAUAACUUUCACAUCUGGUGAAGAGGCCUCAGCUGCAAUAACUGCCAUGGAUGGAAAGGAACUUCAUGGGCGCUUGGUUAGAGUAAAUUAUGCUAAUGAUCGUCCUAGUUAUGGUGGUGGUGGCGGCUUUGGUGGUGGUUAUGGUGGCGGCGGCGGUGGUUAUGGCGGCAGCGGCGGCUAUGGUGGUGACCGUGGUGGGGCUUAUGGCGGCGGCGGCGGCGGUGGUUAUGGGGGUGGCGGUGGUAGUUAUGGUGCUGGGGGAUAUGCUGGUGGAUAUGGAAAUAGCGGCGGAGGGUAUGGCGGGGGGGGGGGGGGGGAUGUGGUGUGCUAUGGAAGCGGUACUGGUAGUUAUGGAAGUGGAGGCGCUGGUGGGGUUGGGACUGGUGGUGAUAGCUAUGGAGGUGGAACUGGUAGUUAUGGCAGUGGAGGUGCUGGUGGUGGUUUUGGUGGUGGGACUGUUAGCGACAAUUAUGUAACGGGCGGUGUUGGUGGGAGUGAAAACUAUAUUGGUGGUGCGAUGGGACAAAACAACCCAAGCGACGCAGCCAACUUCGGCGGCGGUGGUUCUGAGAAACACAAUUUCAACCUGGAUGGAUCAGGUCCUACUAGCUAUGAUAACAACAAGCAAUAUGGCAGCAACCAAGGAGGCACGACCAGUGGUCUGAACCAUGACAAUGAGGAUGGUUUCGAUCGAAGUUUGAAGGAUGAUUUUGCAGACAGGAUGAUUUUGGUUUGA